GCCCAGCGCCUACGACACUGUCGUAGCAAAAGUGCAAUUGGUUGUUGGGUUACUCGCAACUCGCAAGGUUGUUUGUUACUUGUUAGGUAGAGUGAUUGGAGAACCAAAACACCGCACGAAGGAGCCGUGGAUCACUCGGAGUUUUUCUGGUGACGUACCUUCUCCCUUCCAAAUCCAAAUCCCCCUUCUUUUUAUUUUUAUCUUCAUCGGUUCAUCAUCAAAUUGAUAUCUGUUCAUUGGUUAAUGGUGAGUAGCCUCCCAGUUCCAAAUCCCUCUUUUUUGUUUAGGUACUUCAUUCACAAGGGCCGAGGCUAGCAACUCAACAACUACCAUUCCUUUUGGUCUGUUUUCUGAGUCUCUUCACUCUCUAGUUGUAAUUUGUAAGGAAGCCAGCACACCCAGAGAGAACAGAGUAGAGUGGAGUAGAGAAGAGAGAGAAGAUGGGAGUUGUGAAGGCGGCGAUUGGUGAUGGGGUGUUGACGUUCAUGUGGGUAUUCUGCGUUUCCACUCUAGGCGUCUUCACAUCCAUCAUCGCUUCCGCGUUGGGCGUCCAAGGUCCCAUUACCCUCCUCAUCACGACCUCGCUCGUUGCCUUCCUCGUCUUCGUCUUCACUUUGAUCGGAGCAGUCAUGGGUGGCGCUAGCUUCAACCCCACUGGCACCGCCUCCUUCUAUGCCGCCGGUUUCGGCCCCGAUAACCUCAUCUCUAUGGCCUUCCGUUUCCCAGCUCAGGCUGCUGGGGCUGUCGGGGGUGCUCUUGCAAUCAAGGAAGUGAUGCCUCCAAAAUACAAAUACAUGCUUGGAGGGCCUUCAUUGAAAGUCGAUUUGCAGACCGGAGCCAUUGCUGAGGGAGUCUUGACCUUCAUUAUUAGUUUUGCCGUUCUGCUUAUUGUCAUCAGGGGUCCCAGAAACUCUUUCUUGAAGACGUGGCUGCUCGCCAUGUCGACUGUUUCGUUGGUUGUCGCCGGUUCUGCUUAUACUGGACCAUCCAUGAAUCCCGCUAAUGCCUUCGGCUGGGCAUAUAUUAAUAACCGCCACAAUACAUGGGAACAGUUUUAUGUGUACUGGAUUUGCCCUUUUAUUGGAGCAAUUCUGGCUGGUUGGAUCUUCCGAUUUGUCUUCCCUCCACCUCAGAUUAAGCAGAAGAAAGCCUGAAGGCGAGAAGAGUACUCUAAUUCGCCAUUUCUGUUUAGUGCAUUCAGUAAUAAACACCUUGACAUGUACUGUAACUCCAUUUUUAUUCUCUACCUAUAUUUAGUCUCUAUCUCCCCUGCUUUUUAGUUGUUGCUAUGAUUUAUCCACAAUUUCAAAACGAUUAUCUUCCUUCUUAUUCUUGCUGCAAUCAAGCUCAUUCUUGGUGUUGAUGAAGUUAA